AUUUAGAAUGCCCUCAACCUCUGAAGUCAAUUGUUGAUCAAAAGCUUCCUCAUAUAAAUUAGAAGACCAAACCCCAAACUGUUCCUCUCUCGUCCUCCGUCUCUCUCCCUACAGUUCUUUGUGUCUCUUUAACAAACAAACAUGUCUUCCUCAUCUUCCACUUCUUCAUCUUCAUCAUCAUCAGUUUGGCAACUCUCUUACAGGAAGCUUCGAUUCUUCACCCGCAUAAGGCGAUUCCUCCGCUCCAAAACGGCCGGAACUGCCAAUCAUAAGUCCUCAUCCAAGUCCUUCGACCGAUCAGCCGAUAACAAUAUUAAUUCUGCUGCCCUCAGCGUUAACACCGGACAAGCUGUGGAAGAGCAUGACUCAUCGACCAUAUUGCAGAGGGCAGUCAAGAGACUCCACUUCGGGGGCCCGGAGGAGAAGAAGGCAGCGGCUAUUGAGAUCGAGAGAUUGGCUAGAGAGGACGUGAAGGUGAAGAAGUUGAUGGCCGAGCUCAGAGUCAUCCCUGCCCUUGUGGAGAUGGUGGCAGCGAUCGGGCAGCAGCAGGCCGCGGUCGGGGCCUUGCUCGAGCUCGCCAACGGGACUUACACGAACAAGGCUGUCAUGGUGGAAGCAGGAAUCUUAUCGAAGCUCCCAAGGAACAUUGACACAGUGGACGAAUUAACAAGACAUGAACUCUCAGAACUUCUCUUGUCCCUAUCUUCUCCAAAGAACAUCCACUUGCCAUUGGACUCAUCACAAGUCAUCCCUUUCACACUGGCCGUUCUGGACUCGGACUCGGGCUCCGAGAUCAAAGAAUCGUGUCUCGAAACAUUGUACAACCUUUCCACGGUGCUAGAGAACGCGGCCAAAUUGGGAUCCGACAGUUGUCUCGUGGGGUCGAUUAUGAGGGUGGUUUCGUCAUUAAGGGGCCUCUCAGAGAAGGCCCUUGCCACGAUCGGGAAUAUCGUCGUGACGUUCCCGGGAAAGAAAGCUGUGGAAAAUUGCGGGUUGGUGCCAGAGAGCCUAAUCGAGGUCCUGACAUGGGAGGACAACCCCAAAUGCCAGGAACUGUCUGCUUAUGUUUUGAUGGUUUUGGCCCAUCAUAGCUCAGCCCAACGGGCUAAAAUGGCCGCCGCCGGCAUCGUCCCCGUCCUCCUAGAAGUAGCCCUCCUGGGCAGCCCAUUGGCCCAGAAGAGGGCCCUUAAGUUGCUACAGUGGUUCAAGGACGAUCGGCAGGUGAGGGUGGGCCCACACUCUGGGCCGCAAACGCCACGAGUCCCAAUCGGGUCCCCAAUCGCCGACCACUGUGGUGCCCGGGAAGGGAAGAGGAUGAUGCAGAGACUGGUGAAGGAGAGCCUGCACAAGAAUAUGGAACUAAUCACCAAGAGAGCGAAUGUUGAUCCCGGCUCGUCAUCGUCGUCCUCCAGGCUCAAGUCUCUUGUGGUGAGCACAAGCUCCAAGAGCUUGCCCUAUUGAUGAAACGACCGAUCGGUGUAAGGCAGAUUCCUGGAGUUGAAACCGCAUUACUUGUGUAGUAAUGUGAUAUCAAUUUGUACAUCACGGACAUCUACUGAAAUCGAAACAUCAUUAUUUUGAUUA